AUGUCCGAGCGAGGUUCCUUCCGAGGGGGUGCCCGAGGCCGCGGCGGAGGUGAGCAUCGAGGCGGCCGUGGCUCCCACCCCACCCAGCACAGAGGUGGCGGUGCCGGUGGCGGUGCCCAGCAGCAGGAGAAGCCCAAGAAGGAAAACAUCCUCGACCUCACCAAGUACAUGGACAAGCAAGUCAACGUCAAAUUCAAUGGCGGCAGAGAGGUCACUGGCACUCUCAAGGGCUAUGACCAACUCAUGAACCUCGUUCUCGAUGACGUCAAGGAAGUCAUGCGCGACGACGAAGGCAAUGAGACCACCCGCUCCCUCGGCCUGGUCGUCGCUCGAGGCACCCUUCUCGUACUGAUCUCCCCGGCCGACGGCUCCGAAGAGAUCCCCAACCCUUUCGUCCAGCCCGAAGAGUAA